AUGUUGUCGACUAUCGUCUUCAGUGCUGUGGGCUUCUAUGUUGUCUUUUUCUGGACGAUAUGGCCCGUUUUGCAAUACUUUCGUGAUCAAAAGGGAUUUCGGAAGUACCCAAAUUAUGCACUAUUCGCUGGAAUCACGGAUGUUCCAUAUUGCUAUUUGAGUGCACUUGGCUUUCGCUCGCGCGAUCUCACCAGGCUUCAUGAGAAGUCUCCUAUUCUGAGAAUCGGACCGAACAACCUUUCCUUCGGAGGUAUCGAAGCCAUAAGAGAUAUCUAUGGUCAUUCCACAACCUGCGUGAAGGAUUUGAAAUAUGCCAUAACUGCAGACGCCCAUCCACAUUUAUUCGACGUCAUCGAUAAGCCCAGUCACGCUGCGAAAAGAAAAAGACUGUCCGCCGCAUUUGCUAUAAAGAAUCUUGAACGAUGGGAUUUCAAGGUUGCGCGAACCACAGAACGUCUAUGUGCUGCGUUUGAUAAACUCUGCACUCAGCCUUUGUCUCCUGGUGCCAACCCAGAAGCAUCCGAUCUGACGGUUGACUUCAAUAAAUGGGCCAACCUAUUUACUAUCGAAGCGAUCAAUAACAUUGCUCUUUCGUCGACCUUGGGUCUUCUAGAGCAAGGCAGUGAUCAUGUUACUGCACAAAGGCGGGAUGGCACUAUAUACGAAGCCCAGUAUCGCAAGUCUCAAAACACAUCUGCCUACGCCACGUCUCAUUUUGUUUGGGACUACAAAAACUUCAAACUUUUCGUUCUGCUUUCAAAGCUAGUUCCUAAGUGGAGAAAAGCAUGGAAAGAGGCCGCGCCAUUCAAAGACGUCAUCUAUCAUCAAGCUGUAACCAGACUUAACCGGUAUAACAACGGAGAAAAGCUAGAUGACUUCUUCACUGCCCUAAUGGACGACAAGAAUGGUCAUCCCCAGAACUUAGAGUGGGGCGAAGUUGUUGGCGAGCUGGCUGCUAUCCUCGAUGCCGGCGCAGAUACAACAGCAAUCGCACUUACUCAAAUAUUGGAAUUGCUCAUUCGCCAUCCCGAGCACUUAGCAACACUCCGCGAAGAGGUCGAUAGUGUGCUUCAGCCAGAAGACAUCGUCGCGCCUUACGAUACGGUCAAGAAUCUGCCUUUCUUACGCGCUUGUCUGGAUGAAGCAAUGCGCAUAAUCCCACCUACAUCUGCAGGUCUACCUCGCAGGACUCCGCCAGAAGGCGCCAGAAUCUUAGGGGAAUGGAUCCCUGGAAAUACAAGUGUUUCCAUGACCAUCUACACCGCGCAUCAUGAUCCAACUAUUUUUCCAAAGCCAGAUGAAUACCAGCCUCAUCGGUGGAUGGAUAUUGAAGAGCGCAAGAGAAUGGAGCCAUAUUUCAUUCCUUUCUCUACUGGAGCGCGAGGGUGCAUUGGAAGGAAUAUCUCGUAUUUGGAACAGGCUGUUGUGCUGGCCUCAUUAGUUCAUCGCUAUGAGUUUGCUCUGCCAAGUCCGGAUUGGAAGCUACAGCGAUUUGAGGCUUUCAAUCUCUUGAUGGGUGAAAUGCCCAUUAAGAUGUGGCGAAGGCAGACUCCCGCAGAUGCUUCAUAG